AUACCAGUCUCCCGAUUAAACUUAAUAUCAGAAUCAGAUCCAUUUCUGACGUGGAUAUUACUAACGGCCGUCUCAAGCUUAAAAUUGAAGUUAAGACUUCAUGGAAAGACGAAAGGAUUGAAUUCGUCCAACUUCAGGAAGAAUUGGAGAGGAACGUCAUUUCAGAAGACAUAUGGUACCCGAAAUACCGCUUCGAAACUUUGGUGUUUGAGGACGAAAGGGAUUACUACCAGGGGAACAACAGCAUCUCGAGGCUCAUGGCAGAUCGCGGCAACGCUACGACCAUCAAGACCUACAAGAGCCAGAGAAAGCGCCUGUACGAAGCCGAGGUGGUCCGCAUGGAGCUCACUUCCUUCACUCUGCUCUGUGACUUCGACCUGACGAUCUACCCUUUUGGGGUUCAUCCCUGCAUGUACAACAUCACCUUGAAUGACCAGAGUGACAAUGGUCCAUACUUCAACAUGUCCGCAACGCAACUGGAGCUGAAAGAGCAGAGGAUGUCACUUUUCAUGGUGCGGUACAGCUGCUUCCAGGUACCGAGCAACUCAACGCCACGCACCAUCACCGUCACCGUGCUGCUGGAGAGCCUCUUCGGAGGCUUCGUGCUGAGCAUCUUCGCGCCGGUCGUGGUCAUCACCACCAUCGGCGUCUCCACGCUCCUUUAUGCCUUUGAAAAUUUCCAAGACCGCAUCGCCGUGACGCUCGCCUGCCUUAUCGUCGAAGCUGGCCUGUACUCGCAAAUCUGCGUCGUCAUCCCCAUCUCGGCGGCCCCGAAAUUCGUCGAUAUUUAUUUCUUCUACGGGAUAUUGAGGAUGUUUUUCGUUUGCCUCAAUCACCUGGGCGUGUACCGCUGGCUCAUUGCCUUCAAAGAUCGAAAAGCUAAAGACCUGGCAAAGAGAAAUGAAUUAGCUUUACAGUCUAAUGUGGAGCCCACGGGCGCAGUGAAAGGUGGCGUCAAGUCCGACAUUGGAGGAAAAGAAAUAAAAAGCUUGAGAUCAACAAACGAAGGACCUUUCUUCAACUCGAACAUGAUCACGCCCGUGUACUCAACUCGCGAAAACUUGACUGGUGGGGACGUAUCAACCAAGGUUGCCAACACGCCAAAGGACAAAAUCUUCAGCAAAUUUCCCUGCAACGCUUGGGAGGACAACGAAGAAGCGGAGAAAAAAUAUGCUGCGAUUUAUAAGAGGUUCACAAUCAAGAGCUAUUUCUACUUUGUUGCGGGUGUUGUGUUUGAUUUCGUUUUUUUCGGGUUGUCUGGUUACGUGAUUAUGAUGCUGAGGAACAAGGUCUUCAUCCAGUAUCCUGCAUGCAAUUCCAGCACGUAAGAAAGUUAAUUCUUUUCAUGGAAACCAUUUCUUUCAAUUAUUGUCUAGAGUAAAGAAAAACAAUUCGAAAUUCCGUCCACAACCAAGAUUUUGGCAAGGCCUCCGGCCCAAUAAAUCCUAUUAACAAAUUUUGCAUACAGACUAUUCUCAUGCAUUGUUUCUCAAGGGAACCAUGAUUCAUAACUAUGGGAAUUCUAAUGUAAUUAUGAUUUUGGUUUUUAAUUUUCUAAGCAUAUCAGGAGGAGUUGUUUUCUUGUUCCCGUUUUUACUGGAUAUGUUUUUGGAAUGUUUUAUCUUCACGACUGAAUCAAGGUUCAUAUUAUAUUUAUGCCUGGAAUGACACGACAAAUAGUUGAUAAUGACGAAGAUGAAUAUAAAAAUAUAUAUUAUAACGGUUAAAAAAUGGAGAUUAGAAUAAUUAGCAAUCACCCUCCUACACACACUCGCUAUAUCAGCUGCUUU